AUGCAAGCGGAACAUCCUGACACGCUGACGAGUAUAGCCAACCUGGCAUCGACAUACUCGAAGCAGGGCCGGUGGAAAGAAGCCGAUGAGCUCGAGGAGCAAGUGAUGAAGGCUUUUAAGACGAAGCUCGGCGCGGACUAUCCUGACACACUGGCGAGUAUAGCAAACCUAUCUGUGACAUACUGGAAGCAGGGCCGGUGUAAGAAGGCCAAGAAACUCGAGCUUGAGGUGAUGGAGACUUGCAAGACAAAGCUCGGCGCGGAUCCUCCCGACACGCUGACGAGUAUGGCCAGGCUGGCGUCGACGUAUUGGAACCAGUGCCGGUGA